AUGGACACGUUCCAGAUGUUGACCAAUCAGACGGCCGGCAGGAACGAGACGGUGCCGGACGGUGCCGGUCCGGUGGAAGACGUGCUGCAGCUGACCAUAUUCCUGAACCACGGCGUCUGCGGCGUCCUGUCAUUGCUGGGUAUAGGGGCCAACGUCAUCAACAUGGCGGUGUUUCUUAAACAAGGUUUCAACGAGUCCAUCAAUGUCAGCCUGUUCGGGCUGGCGGUCGCCGACCUUGCCGGGCUGGUCACGCUCCUGUGGGCCUCCGUCUGCUGGACCCCCUGGCUCUACUACGCCCGGCUCGUCUUCGUGCCGGCGGACGUGGAGUACCUGACCGGAAGUCUGCCGCACCUGCUGUUUACCCGGGUCACCGGUUGGGUCACGGCUUUCGUCGCCCUGGAGCGCUGCCUCUGCACCGUCAUGCCGCUGAAGGUUAAAAUUAUAUUGACCUUCACCAGGGUCAAGGUCGUGGUGGUGCUGAUAUUCGUCUUCGUUGCGGCCGCGCAUUCCCCGUCCUUCUACACCAGCGGGUUGGCGUGGACGUUUCUCCCCGCGGAAAACCGCACCGCACUGGCGCUGUUCUCCAGAGAAGGGCGGCAGGCCAUUGACGGCGUGACGUAUUCCGUCAACCUGGUGUCCCCCUUCGGCUCCUUCGUUACCGUCCUAGCCUGCACGGUCGUCACGGCCUUCAAGCUACAGCGGGUUUUAAAAUGGCGCCAGAACUCGAUCCUGACUCACGACGCCGCCUCGCAAAAGGAGUCAAAGGUCAUCAGAAUGGUCGUCGUUAUGUCCGUCAUUUUCAUUGUCAGUUUCCUGCCCACGAAUCUCGUGCACAUGUUCUACUGCGCAAUCGCAGAUAAACCGGAAGUGGUAGCGGCAUAUUGGGACGCCAUGAGUACGGCGUUUUCUUUCAUUAAAAUUCUCGAGGCGUUCAACGCUAGCGUCAGUAUUGUGCUCUACCUCAGGAUGAGUUCACGCUACAGAAACGUCUUUUGUGCAAUGUUUGGUCUCGCGUGCCCAGCUGGUUGA